UUUGUUUGCCCUCUGGGGUAGAAUCUGCCAAGCUUGGAGAGAAGGCUGUGACUGCUGUGCUGUGGGCGCCAGCUCACUCCGGGAGGUGAUGGAAAUCCUGUCAUUCUUACCUGUCCUUGCCAGUGAGAGUGACUGGGCUGACUGCAAGUCCCCCCAGACUUGGGGCCACAUGCUUCUCUGGACAGCAGUGCUAUUCCUAGCUCCUGUUGCUGGGACACCUGCAGCUUCCCCGAAGGCUGUGCUGAAGCUCGAGCCCCCCUGGAUCAACGUGCUCCAGGAGGACUCUGUGACUCUGACGUGCCAGGGGGCUCACAGCCCUGAGAGUGACUCCACUCAGUGGUUCCACAGUGGAAAUCUCAUCCCCACCCAAAAGCAGCCCAGCUACACCUUCAAGGCCAACAACAAUGACAGCGGGGAAUACAGGUGUCAGACUGGCCGGACCAGUCUCAGUGACCCCGUGCAUCUGACUGUGCUUUCCGAGUGGCUGGCGAUCCAGACCCCUAGGCUGGAGUUCCAGGAGGGAGAAACCAUCAUGCUGAGGUGCCAUAGCUGGAAAGACAAGCCUCUGGUCAAAGUCACAUUCUUCCAGAAUGGAAAAUCCAAGAAAUUUUCCCGUUUAGACACAAGCUUUGCCAUCCCACAAGCAAACCACAGUCACAGUGGUGAUUACCACUGCACAGGAACCGUAGGCCACACGCUGCGCUCUUCCAAGCCUGUGACCAUCACUGUCCAAGUGCCCAGCAUGAGCUCUCCGUUGAUGGGGAUCAUUGCAGCUGUGGUCGCUGGGAUUGCUGUAGUGGCCGUUGUUGCUGCUGUAGUGGCCUUGAUCUACUGCAGGAAAAAGCGGAUUUCAGCUCUCCCAGGAAACCCUGAGCGCAGGGAAAUGGGAGAGACCCUCCCUGAGAAACCAGCCAAUCCCACUAAUCUUGACGAGGCUAACAAAGUUGGGGCUGAGAACACAAUCACCUAUUCACUUCUCAUGCACCCAGAUGUUCCGGAAGAAUUAAUAGAGCCUGAUGACCCUAACCGUAUUUAGUCUCCAUUGUCUUGCCCUGGGAUUUGAGAAGAAAAUCAGAGAGGGAAAGAUCUGGUAUUUCCUGGCCUAAAUUCCCCUUGGGGAGGACAAAGAGAUGCUGCCAUUCCAAAAGAGAAGAACUCUUCCAGAGUCGUCUACCUGAGUCCGAAGCUCCCUGUCCUGAAAGUCACAGACAGUAUCGUCCCAGGUGACCGACUGCCCCUUCUGUGCCUCAGCCCUUCUUGACAUCAAGACUUUUCUGUUCCACAUCCACAUAGCCAAUACAAUUAAUCAAACCACUGCUAUUAACAGAUUGUAGCAACAUGGGAAAUGCUUGUUACAGGUGACAUGAGAACAAUCAUGUAAAUCUAUAUGAUUUCAGAAAUGUUAAAACAGACUAACCUCUACCAACAGAUUAAAAGUGAUUGUUUCUGGGUGAUAAAAUUAUUGAUGAUUUUUAUUUUAUUUUUCUAUGAAGAUUGUGUAUUACUUUUAUAAUAAAACAUUAUAAAAACAACAUUCUGCUUACUUCUCAAGGCUGUAUUGGUUGGAGUGUAGACUGUAUUGGCUGGAGUGUAGACUGAACUGCCUGGGGUCUGUUUCUCUUCAGUGAUGAGACUCUUAGGAAGGUAGGAAUGGAUAAGAUGUGGGGGAGAGGAGAGAUGGGGAUUUGGAGUGUAGGGUGCCCCUCUUCUUAAAAUAAUACAGCCAUGCACUGCAUAAUGAUGUCGAGUUCAGCAACAGACUGCAUAUAUCAUGGUGAUCCCGUGAGUUUAUAAUAUCAUAUUUCUACUGUAUCUUUUCUGUUCAUAUGUUUAGAUAUAUGAGUACUUACCACUGUGUUACAGUACCUACGGUAUUCAGUACAGUAGCAUGCUGUACAGGUUUGUAGCCCAGGAGCAAUAGGCUAUACCAUAUAGCCUAGGUGUGUAGUAGGCUACACCAUUUAGGUUUGUAUAAGUACAUGCUAUGAUGUUCACAUGACAAAAUUGCCUGCAUUUCUCAAAAUGUAUCCCCAUAUUUCAACAAUGCAUGAUUAUACCCUUCUGCCAAUGACCUUGUAAUCUUGUUUCCAUGUCUUCUUCUAUUUCCUCCUAUGGCAAAUAAAGCACUGUUUUGCAACACAA